CACUGCGGUACAACUUUAUCAAACAAAGCACAUAUGGCAUCCCCCACCGCGUCCGCCCAUGCUACAAAGAGCUUUUCCCCUUCAUGGACCAUACAGGGAGCGCUGGCCCCCAUCCGCAUAGUGAAGCUCCAGACAAAGCUCGAGGUGGGCAGGCUAGCGCUCCCAAGGGCGAAGAUGGGGUCGGCGAGCACGUCUCCAAUCACACCCUCAGCGUAAUACGGAGCGCUUCACAGAAGUCGUCGUCAAACAACCUCACUGCCGUAUCCCGAGAAGGAACGCCUCCGCCCCUGCCUCCUCGACCGAAGACGCUGAGUCUCCUGGAUUCGCGACCCUCCUCGUCCCAUGCAGGAACGCCGCCCCGCCCUCAACUUGUCUCUAAGCCUACCACACAGCUUUCCUAUUCCGACACGCAAUUCUACAGCACUGAAUCCAAAUACGAGUCUUCUUCCUCUUCCGCGUCACGUCGGAUUCGGGGCCGCGCUACCAGCGAUGUGGACACCGCGAGCGUGCAAAGCAUAAUGCCUGGCCGUGAGCAGAGCGAAGAGACGGAGAGCAUGUUGGGUGAGGUUAUCGGAGAACAUCAGACGCUCUUUCAGGCGCUGGGUGAUCGUUUUCAAAGCCAGGAGGUGGAGAGUCUGUUUCCCUCGGAUCCAGAGUUCGAGCAGGCGUUCAAGCACGAGUUUGAUGAGAUUGAGAAUAUAGACGCCCGGGGCACCAAUGAAGAAUCCGUCAUGCGGAACUGGAGAAGCAAGUUGAAACACUUCCUCAUUCUCUCGUCGGCCGGAAAACCCAUCUACAGCCGCCACGGCAACGAUGAAUUGAUCACAAACUACAUGGGAGUGGUUCAGACCAUCAUAUCGUUCUACCAGUCCAAAAACGAUGGCCUGAAGAGCUUCACGGCCGGCGAAGUACGAUUCCUGGUUAUGACCAAGGGCCCCCUGAACCUAGUCGCCAUCAGUCGUCUUCCGGAGAGCGAUGCGCAGCUGCGGGCUCAGCUGGACGCUCUAUACAUGCAGAUCCUCUCAACCCUCACUCUUCCAAGCCUGGAGCGCAUGUUUGCUGCACGGGCAAACUACGACUUGCGCCGGCCACUCCAGGGAACGGAGGUCCUUCUCUCCGCAUUAGCGGACGGCUUCACGCGUGGGUCCCCUUCCACGUUGCUGGGCGCCCUCGAGUGUCUAAGACUCCGCAAAUCCCAUCGCCAAGCCAUCAACAAUACGUUCCUCAAAACGCGCUCCGAGAACCUCCUUUACGGUCUCAUCGUCGCCUCGGGCAAACUCGUUUCCGUCGUGCGUCCCAAGAAGCACUCUCUCCACCCCGGAGACCUGCAUCUCAUCUUCAACAUGCUGUUUGAAGCUGGCAGCGUCAAAGCCGGCGGUGGGGAGAACUGGAUCCCGCUUUGUCUGCCGGGUUUCAACAAUACGGGGUAUCUGUAUAUGUAUGUUAGCUUUUUGGACUUGGAGCGUCCCGAGGAGAAGAUGGAGGAGAGACCGAGGAGUAGCGGUGGUGGGGAGGGCGAUGAGGUGGCCAUCCUGUUGAUUAGCGCAAAUAAGGAGGCAUUCUAUGAGUUGAGGGGUAUGAGGGACGAGUUGGUUGAGCAACUCCAAAAGAAUGGCUCCAUCGCGCAUAUCCGACAAGCCGUCCGAAAAGGCCGGCCCAAGUGCAUAGACAUUGUGCCCGGCAGCCCGCUACGCCACUUCCUGUACAAGAGCCGCGGGAACGUGCAAUUCACGAUGCCGGCCUGGGAACCGUACUUCGAGACGCCAUUGGACCGGCGGCGCCUCACAAACCUCUACGCCAAACUGCACGCGCAGCUCCACGCGCGGCCGGCGCCCUUGAAGGUCCUGCACGAGUCGGCGACGACGAGCAUGGCGCUGGCGUGGUCGACGCCCCUGUUUGAAUUGUAUUGCGUUGCUCCCGGGAAUACGGGCCGAGCGGCGUUGGCGCAGGCGGCGAAUAUGGUGGUCAAGUGGGUGAGGCGGGAGGAGGAGAGGGUGUUUAUUAUUGGGGGUGCCGUGUUUUGAAUUGUGCAGGGAGGAGGACGGGGAGGGAUGGAGAAGGUGAAGAUAUACCCAUUUAGCACGGUUGCAUACCCAGGAAUGGAUUGAUGGUUUGGAUCAGCCGUUUAUGACGCAUUGGAGUUGAUGUUAGGAUUGUGUUCAGUAUUGCAUACUGAUUGAUACAUGUGUGAGGAAAUGGGUUGUCUGAAGAAGGUGUAGAUUGUACAUCUUUACUCGCCUGUGGGAUGUGUCCCAACGGCGACGAGAUGGAAAUAGAUGAAAUGACAUGGAAGGAGGAUGGGAUGAUAGUUGGGCGUUCACUCACUCCACA